AUGACACGUCUAUUUUUAAUUAUCCAAUUAAUUUUGGGAGUGGUCCAAUUUCUUACAGGAAUUGUGGCGAAUGGAAUUAUCGUGAUAGUGAGUGGCAUUGAGUGUAUCAAGAGGAAAAAAGUGACUGCAUAUGACCUCCUUCUGAUCAGUCUGGGAAUCUUCAGAAUUUUUUUACAAGCUUUAAUACUUACAUGUCACAUGAUAUUUGUCUUUACUCUAAAUAUAUAUGUAGAAAAGGAAGCAUUUUUAUUCUUUAUUUUUGUAAAUGAAGUCAAUCUUUGGCUUGCUACCUACCUUUGUCUCUUCUACUGUGUUAAGAUUGCCAACAUUUUUCACCCCUUCUUCCUCUGGUUGAAGAUGAGGAUCUCUAGGCUUGUACCAUGGCUGAUUCUGGGAUCACUGCUAUUUUCACUUGCCCUUUCUGUAUGCUAUUUACUUCUCUAUUGGCCUGAGGCCAAAGAGGAGAUAAGAAGAUAUUUUUCAGGAAACCUCACUGCCUCCAAUUUUUUAUCUAGUCUUUUCCCAGUUCCAAUUCUUGUGGUGGGACUGAUAGUGCCAUUAGUCAUAUUUGAUGCUUCAUUGUUUCUGAUGAUCUAUUCUCUGUGUAGACAUACCAGAAAAAUGAAAAGCAUGGCAACUGGCAGAGACUUAAGCACUGAAGCUCAUAUCCGUGCUGUGAAAUCUGUGUUCUCCUUCUUCAUCCUGUAUACCUCCUAUUAUAUGGGGAUAAUAAUAUCAUUAUCUAGAACUUCCUCACAGAAUGAAUUCUUCAUGUUCAUUUGUUUUUUUGUGGCUGCUGAAUAUCCUUCUGGACACUCCAUCAUCUUAAUUCUAGGAAAUCCAAAGUUGAAGCAUUAUGCAAGAAAGUUUCUGCUUUGUGCCAAGUGCUUGCUGGGAGGAGAUUCAACAGGAGUAUACAAACCCAAUAGAACAUGCUGCUUCUAA